GGUGAAAGACUGGUGCCUACAGCUCGUAGUUUUCAAAAGUGAACUUUUCCUGGCCGUUGAUAAGUCUGUGGAUGAUGAACCAAGCCCUUCCCUCCAAAUUUCUGCUGUAGUUUACAUUCUUAGGCAAGCAGAUGCUGAGUGACCUGUUGACAGCUUGGUUCUUUUCAGUGCUAGUGUUCAUCCGGAGACUGACGAAAGUUGUCUCGCUCAACUUCAUGCGCAGUACUUUGGUCAAUAGUUUCCUGUCGUUGUCGUCCAUGUUGAAAGGGCAGAGUUUACUGGUGAAUAAAAACACACUUCCGCCACCAGAUUUGGCAGCAGCGUGAUACGUUUUGGGAAAGAAAAUUCCACAGCCUAACAUAAGUGAAUAUGAACUAUUACGAAGAAAGAAUAUUGAAGAUAAUCAAGCUGUGUUGGCCAAGUUAAUGGCUGACCUGAAGGAUCAACUUCCCCCAGCCAGACUCCCUGUGCAGUCUCCACCACGGAAAGCCAAGCGUAGAGUCUCUGAACCGCUGAUCAUGAGGAGGAACCCCUGUAGGAGUGCGCGGUUCAACCCCUUGUCCUCACCCAGAACCACACGGCAGCGACGGGGCUCGGUGUCAUCGUCAGUGUCUUCAUCCUCUUCAUCCACCUCACCCCUAUCAUCACCUGAGAAACUUGUCGUUCGGUUUGGAUUUUUUCGUAAGAAGGGGGAAGAAAUCGAUAAUUCAGACCCUCUUUAUAUUCCAGAAGAUGAAGACGAAGAGAGCUGUGCUUUACCAUCCCCGAAAAGGAAAGCACGUGUGGACAGAGAGGUGAAAAGUGCAGAAGAAAUCACGGAGGAAGACCUUGCCAUGGUGGCUGUGCAUGUCAGUGAGAAAAGAUACGACAGUUAUUAUGGUACUUCAUGCCAUCAAUGUCGACAGAAGACGUUUGAUAUGAAAACAAUUUGCAGAUCAGAGAGUUGUGUUGGUGUUCGUGGACAGUUCUGUGGCCCGUGUCUAAGAAAUCGCUAUGGAGAAGAUGCGAAGCAGGCUUUAAAAGAUCCAGACUGGACUUGCCCAGCUUGCAGAGGGAUUUGUAACUGUAGUUUCUGUCGAAAGAAGAAAGGAAGGUCUUGCACCGGAAUUAUGAUUCAUCUGGCCAGAGAACAGGGCUUUGAUAAUGUCAAUGAGUAUUUACAAAGCUUGAAGAAGUCAGGAAGGUAGAGCAUAUACUAUUUCCAGAUUGAUUCAGAGGCAGCCAUUGUUGUUCACUCAUUGCGCGGUUUUAAGUGAUAGGUGAAUAAAAUCCAAGUCAUGUUUAGAAAGGAAUGUA